AUCUAUGGUUUAGUACUUUCUGUGACGUCACAUUACGACUCCUGGGUACCAGGAGAACAUGGCUAUAAUAGUUUACACAAUGGCCUGGAGACUUCAAAGGACCUCAUCGAGGAGUGGACUGUGGAAGUUGACGGCGGUGACCAGGUCGCGCAGCUGAUCGCUUUGCAACUUGGCUACGAGUUCGGUGGACCGGUACUAGGAUUCCCGAAUACGUACACAUUCCGAGCAUACGAGCACUACAAGCAACGACGCACGCCAACACAGCAUACAAACGCGCUCGAAAGUGACAGCAGGAUCAAAUGGGUCGAACAGUUGUUUGUAAAAUCCCGAGUAAAACGAUACCCCCCAUACGACCCGGACAGAGAGGUACAUAGAGUGAAAAGGAUAGAAAAUCCUCAAGAUACGAACUCCUCUCAAACUGGAAGGGAGAAAAGAGAUGCUUUCAGAAGAACGGCUUUAUUUAACGACGAGCUAUGGGGCUACCAGUGGUAUUUGCAAGACACCAGAACGAACCAAGAUCUACCCAGAUUGGAUUUGAACGUGCUGCCAGUGUAUCAAAUGGGAAUUAACGGGCGCGGAGUGCGCGUCUCAGUACUGGACGACGGCCUAGAGUACAACCACACCGAUCUGCGUGAUAACUACGACCCAGAAAUAAGCUGGGAUUGCAAUGAUCACGAUCCCGAUCCUUACCCUAAACAGGACGAACAAAAUCGUAAUUCUCAUGGAACUCGGUGUGCGGGUGAAAUAGUAAUGACUGCUAAUAAUGGAAAAUGCGGAGUGGGCGUGUCUUUCGGCGCCAAAGUGGGCGGAGUUCGAAUGCUCGACGGACGUAUAACCGACCGCAUAGAGGGCGAAGCGAUAGGUUAUGCAUGGGAUAAAGUUGACAUCUAUAGCGCCUCUUGGGGCCCAAAUGAUGACGGGCGUACAGUAGAAGGUCCAGGAAGGCUUGCAGUCGAAGCAUUGAAGCGUGGAGUAACUAAGGGUCGUGAUGGCAAAGGAUGCAUUUACGUAUGGGCUAACGGCAACGGCGGGGGUCACAGCGACAAUUGCAAUUGCGAUGGAUAUUCAUCUAGUAUUUAUACAAUUUCGAUUGGAAGUGCAUCGCAACAAGGUCUGUUUCCCUGGUACGGGGAAAUAUGUUCGUCUACGUUAGCCACGGCGUAUUCCUCCGGUGCUUACAAAGAUCAAAAAAUAGCAACAACUGAUAUAAACGACUCAUGUACUCUGAAGCAUACGGGGACUUCUGCUGCGGCACCACUAGCUGCUGGGAUUAUCGCUCUAGCUUUGCAAGCUAAUCCAAAUUUAACGUGGCGCGAUGUUCAACACCUCAUUGUAUGGACAUCAGAAUUCUCUCCUCUAUCUCAAAAUCCUGGUUGGCAAAUAAAUGGUGCUGGUUUUCGUUUUGACAUACGCUUUGGUUUCGGGCUACUCAAUGCAGCGUCACUUGUGAAGUCUGCACUAAACUGGACGACUGUCCCAGACAAGUUCAUCUGCCGCAUAGAAACUCCACGCCUAAAUGAAGCCGACAGUAAAAUUACAACCAAAAAAAGUGUUAAUAUUCAAAUUUACGUUGAAAAUUGCGGCGUCAACUACAUCGAGCAUGUGGAACUUAUAGUGAACGCUGAAUACAAGCGACGUGGAGCCUUGGAAAUAUAUUUAACUUCUCCUCAAGGAACAAAAGUGCAAUUGCUGAGCGCAAGACCGCGCGACACAUCUACAGCUGGUUUCGUCAACUGGCCCCUGACCUCGGUAGCGACGUGGGGGGAGAGCCCCGACGGUGUGUGGCGCGCCACCUUUGAAGAUUUGACUAAUGAACAAAACACGGGAAAAAUUGGGCCAUUAAUUCUAGUACUUCAUGGAACUAAGGAUAUGCCAACUCAAAUGAGAAAUGGUCCGAGGAUAUACAAUUUUGGAUACAAUAACGAAAUACCGUCUAUGUUUGAUUACUUCGAUUUUGACGAUCCUUCAGAAAAUCGCGUAAACAUCGAUGAAAAUGUAUUAUUGAACAUAGACACUGAUUUGAUCAUAGAUGAAAUAGAAGAAGAGUUGCAAAGAAAUCAUCACAGUAAGUCAUUCAUGUUACCCUAGUACACAACGGCUUUAUAUUGAACGGAAUUUAAAAAUCAACAACAAAAAAAAAAUGC